UAUUUUCGCCGACUUUCCAUCCACGAUGCACAUUUGAAUCUCUCAGAUUUCGAGAUUUCUCUCUCCCAUCUUUUCAAAAUCUUCACCCAAUCUUUUCCAUGGCGCCGCCGUCGCACAGGUCGUCUUCUCCGUCGAUGGUCGCCGGAAGAACAAGCCCUAAUUCCAGAAAUUCCGAAAUUGUUAACCCUACCCGCCGGAGCUUCUCCAGCGAACAGAGGAGCUUGAACUUUAACACUCCGAUGAACAGUCCCUCUGAUUAUCCACGAAGGAAUUCUACCAGCAGGGAAAAUUUAUUUAAUUCUCGUGACAAUGAGGAGAAAGAAAAUGGGAAAAAUCAGAGUCCAAAACCUGUUCGAAUCCGUUCGCCGGCGGCCGGAAAAUCGACGAAGAACUUCAUGUCUCCGACGAUCUCUGCCGCCUCCAAGAUUUCAGUCUCUCCGAAAAAGAAAAUUCUGGGUGAUCGGAACGAGCUAGUUCGGUCGUCUCUUUCAUUUUCCGGCUUGAAAAGCUCUUCACUCAACUCGGUGAAUCCAAAUCCAGAGGCAUCAGCGGCACUUGAAUCCGAUACGAAUCAGGAAAUUGCUCCGAUUUCAAAUCCCAAGAAAUCCAAAACUGUGAAAUUAGGUGGUUUUGAGGUCAUUACUGGUUCAGAAUCCACAUACCGACACGAUCCAGAAGUAGCACCAGUGGCAGUUGAAACCGAUACGAAGUCUGAAAUCGCCCCGAUUUCAAAAUCCACCAUUGCAGCAGCACCUCUCAGAGCUUCUAAAACAGUGAAAUCCGGUGGUUUGGAUGUCAUUUCUGAUUCGCAUUCAAAUUCUGAGGUGGUAACAAUGGCAGUUGAAACCGACGCGAAGCUUGAAAAUUCUGCCAUUGCUGCAUUACCUCCCAAAGCUUCAGAGACCGUGGAAUUUGCUGAUGUCGUGGUAAGCUCUGACUCAAUCAACGAUUCAGAGUCUCCGGCUAAGAAUUCUUCUGCUGAAGAAUUGGAUACUGUUGGUCUCAACUCAAGUUUUAAGGACAGUCUUGUUUCUUCUUCAAUGGAAAUAGCACCGCUCGAUGCUGAUCCAUUAAUGCCGCGUCCUUAUGAUCCCAAAACCAAUUACCUAUCCCCAAGGCCACAGUUCCUCCAUUACAAACCAAGAAGAAUCAAUCAACUCGAACUAGACGGCAAACUUGAGGAGCUCUUUUCCUCUGAAUCUGAAUUCACUGAGGGAACUGACUCGGAAGAUCCACAGAUGAAAUCUGAUGAAGUUUCUUCCAAUGAAUCGCAUAUGAAAGAAGAAGAAAGAGAAGAAGAGGAGGAGGAGGAAGAAAUGAUUGUUAACGUUUCUGAACAAAGCCCCGUUGAAGCUAAGACUUCAUCUAAGCUGCAUUUUUCCAGGAUAUUCAAGAUCAGUUCUCUGCUUUUGAUUCUGUUGACUGCUUGCUUUUCGAUUAGUGUUGUUAAUGUUCAUGAUCUCGAAAGAGCAAGCUUGUUGUUACCAAUGGAGGAUUCAACAGAAGUUUUCGAGUUUGCAAAAACGAAUUUCAAUGUGCUGAUGCGGAAAUUUGAGGUUUGGCAUGCUAAUUCCAGAUCUUACAUUUCUGAUAUGGUUUUCAACAUCGGAGGGCGGCGGCCAUUGAUUUAUCUUAACCAAACUGGAUUCUUACACAAAGAUGUCAAUUCGGAAUUGCAGUGCCUUGUAUUAUCUCAUCAAACCUCGUGGGAAGAAGAAAAUGAUCUGAACGUAAUGGAAGAAGCGAGGAAGGAGGGAGAAAUUGACAUUGUUGAAGAACCUAUUGUGAGAGGAGAUCAGAAUGAAGAAGUAGAACUAUUAUCGGAAGAGAUUGAAGCCAUGAAGGAGAGAGAAAUUGUCAUCGAACAUGUUAAAGGAGAAGUUCAGAAUGAAGAAGAAUCGUUUCAAGAGAUUGAAGCCAACGCAAAUGAUCCAAAAGACGGCGAAGAAGAGAACGGCCAGGCUUCAGCAAAAUCAGCGUCUGAAGAACCAUUGCAAGAGAAUGAAGAAGGAUCAUUGCAAGAGAUUAUUGAAGAGACCUCUACAAAAUCAGCUUCUGAUAUACUUAAUGAAGAAGACAAAAUCCAGGAGAAGCAAACUGAAGAGAAUUACGAAGAUUCCUCAACACCAGAUUUUAUUCACGAUCAAAUUGAACAAGAAGCUGCAACAGGAGGUGAAACAAAGGAAGAACAACAGAACGAUUCAAUUCAACAAAGCAACGCAGAAAUCCAACAUCAAUCACCUCCAGUUUCUCCUCCUCCUUCUGCACCUCAAUCUGAAGCUGAAGAUGAAAAUGGCAGCAACAUCGUCGGAACUGAAACAAAUAACAAAAUCUCAAGAGAUUUCUCACAGAAUACGGCAGUUAUAGCAUCUGCAAUACUGCUAGGUUUAUCUAUAAUCAUCAUACCUGCAGGACUGAUUUAUGCGAGAAAGUCAGGCUCAAAAAGAUCAUCCAUGGCGGCCAUUGCUGAAGCGCAAGAGGAACCGCCAUUGCUGAAAGAGAAGAAGACAUACCAGAGUCCGGCGGUACCAGAAGAAGAAGAAGCGAUUAAUGACGAUGAUCGUGAGGAUAUCGCCAGAAAAGGAUUGUUCUCUUCUGAAACGAGCAGUUUCCUGCAAUACAGCAGCAUGAAAGAAGUAGAAGAAGCAUUUAAUGGUGAUGAUGAUCGCGAGGAGAUCGCCAGAAAAGGUUUUUGCUCGUCUGAAACGAGCAGUUUCCUGCAAUACAGCAGCAUGAAAGAAGAAGACGAAACAGAAACAGCAAAGAAAUUGUUGAUAGAAGCUCAAAACCAUAGCCAUGGGAGGAAGACGAGGAAGAAUUCAAGAACUCCAAUGGCUUCUUCUUCUUUGGAUGAAUUUUCAGUAUCCACUUCGUCGGCUUCUCCAUCGUAUGGGAGCUUCACAACUUAUGAGAAGAUCCCAAUCAAGCAUGGGAACGAAGAGGAAGAGAUUGUGACUCCAGUAAGACGCUCGAGUAGAAUUAGAAAGACAGCACAUCGAUAGUCGUUUUACGUGUGCUUAAUGAAAUGAGCUCACAUGUUAGUAGGCAUUUUAUGUGUGUGGAAAUGAAAUGAGCUCUAGUAGGAUUAGAUAAACGACGUCCAAGUAGAAUUAGAAAGAUGACACAUCAAUAUCCAAUUUAUGUGUGUAUCGAAUAAAAUGAGUUCCUAGUAGAAUUAGAAAAAUGACGAUCAAUAGCCAGUUUAUUAGAAAAAUAGCACAUUAAGAGCAGGCUUAUGUGUACCGAACAAAAUGUGAUACUAGUUGAUGAAGGGAGAUAGACAUAGUGUUCGUGUUAUCUUUCU